AUGGUUAUCCAACUAUAUACUCUCAGAUCUUCGAUUCGGCCGUUACAGGCACAAGUCCAUCGAUAUUUCUCCUCAGCAACGCUUCCCUCCGACCUCCCAGCACCCCCAACCCCGAAGACGCUUCUCUCCAACCUUCCAGCAACGAUCCUCAAUGAUUACUAUGAGACCGAGUGCCCCAAUGACGCCCAGCUCGCCUACGCCGACAAGUUCUUCGCCCCCUCGCGCCACUCCCCGGUCAAGCUAUGGUCCGCCAGCAAGUUCCGCACGACGCCCAUGUCCGCCCACGAGCCCGAGGUCUGCUUCCUCGGCCGCUCCAACGUCGGCAAGAGCUCGCUCCUGAACGCCCUCAUGACGGGCGAACUCUGCUACACCUCGAGCAAACCCGGCCGGACGCGGGAGAUGAACGCCUUCGGCAUCGGCGGCACCAAAGGCGGCGAGUCGAAGAUCGUGCUGCUGGAUAUGCCGGGCUACGGCUACGGCGGUCGGUAUGAUUGGGGCAAAGAGAUCAUGAAGUAUCUGCGGAAGAGGAAGCAACUCCGCCGCAUCUUCCUCCUCAUCGACGGCUUCCACGGCAUGAAGCCCAUGGACCGCGUCAUCAUCCGCUGGCUCAGCGAAUACGGCCUCCCCUACCAGAUCGUCGUCCCCAAGAUCGACAAGGUCCUGGUCAAGCAGCGCAACCAGCUCCGCUCCGGCGUCUCGGAAUCCGGCCUCGCCGCGUGCCGGGACCUGCACCGCGAGUUCCGGGAGGCGGCCGCCGAGAUCGCCCAGGAGUGGAACGGGCCCCCGCCCCUCGGCGAGACCCUGACCGCCUGUGCGCAAUUGGAGCGCACGCCCGGCCAUUACAUCGGCAUCUCUGCGCUGCGUUGGGCCAUCUUGAAGGCGGCCGGGUAUGAUGCGAAUCUGGACGCGGAGGGGAAUGUGAUUAAAAAUGGAGGCUCUUCUCGGGGUUCCCCAUAA